CUCUCACCGCGCCCCUUCCGCUCCCGCCGGCCGCCGGUGCCGCUGCUGGAGCGGGUCCCCGUCACUGCCCGGAGCGGGGCCGGGUCUCCAGCCCGUGCCGCUGUUCGGCUGCCCGCGGUGGGCGCAGCCCCUCGCCCCCGCCAUGGCUCUGUCCUGUGUGCUGAGGCCACCGCGCUGCCACCUCCGCCCUCCGCCGCUCUCCCCGCUCAGCCUGCCCGCUCCGCACCGCGGCCUGCUGACAGCCACAGCAGCAAUGUGCCAAGGGAAGAAAAAGGCCAGCGUGAGCUGCAGCCUGCCAGAGCCUUCCUGGGAGGAGAGGUUAGCAAAUGCAGUGACACCACUGUGGAGACUUCCCUACCAAGAGCAGCUGCAGGUCAAGUACGAAAGCCAGAGGAAGAUUUUGCAGACAUUGGCAUCUCGUCUUGAGGAGCUGGGCAUAGAUGCACAGAAACCUGGUGGGCUCUGCUGUCCUCUGCAGCCUGUAGUCCCUUCGCCCAUCAUUAAUGGCUACCGAAACAAAUCAACUUUCUCUGUGAACCGAGGACCAGAUGGGAACCCCAAAACUGUUGGGUUGUAUGUAGGAACUGGCAGAGGAAGAAAUAUUGUCUGUGUGAAAGCAAAUCAUGUGGAGAACAUACCUUCAAAACACAAACAAGUAGCCCAGUGCUAUGAGGAGUUCAUCUCUCGCUCCCCCCUGGACUCCUGCAUCCUCUUCCAUGAAGGGGGACACUGGCGAGAGCUCGUGGUUCGUACCACCAGCUGUGGCCACACCAUGGCUAUCAUCACCUUCCACCCCCAGCAGCUGGGCCAGGAGGCACUGGCUACUCAGAAAGCAUUGCUGAAGGAGUUCUUCACAUGUGGGCCUGGAGCAGUCUGUGCCUUGACUUCACUUUAUUUCCAAGAGAGCACCAUGACACGCUGCUCCCACGAGCAGUCCCCCUACCAGCUCCUCCACGGAGCACCGCACAUCUUCGAAGAACUGCUCGGCCUGAAGUUUCGCAUCUCUCCAGACGCCUUUUUCCAAGUCAACACAGCUGGAGCAGAAGUUCUGUACCAGGCAGUCGGGGAGCUCUGCCAGGCUACAGGGGACACUGUUCUCCUUGACAUCUGCUGUGGAACAGGCACAAUUGGUCUCUCUCUGGCUCACCAGGUGUCCAAGGUUAUUGGUGUUGAGGUGGUGGAGAAGGCAAUAGAGGAUGCUCAGUGGAAUGCAGCAUUCAAUGGGAUCUCAAACUGUGAGUUUCACAGUGGAAAGGCAGAGGCUGUGUUACCACAGCUCUUGGCAUCGUGGGAGGAUGCCCGACCGCUUGUUGCUGUGGUGAACCCUUCUCGGGCUGGCCUACAUUACAGGGUUGUACGAGCCAUCCGGAACUGCAGGUCCAUCCGCAGGCUGCUCUACAUCUCCUGCAAGCCAGAGGGUGAAGCCAUGAGGAACUUCCUUGAGCUGUGCUGCCCACCUGACCCACAGAAGAAGCUGGCAGGGGAGCCAUUUGCCCCUGUGUUGGCUAUUCCUUUUGAUAUGUUUCCUCACACUGUUCACUGUGAGCUGGUGCUGCUCUUUACCCGCUGAGGAGGCAGGAAUGAGCUCUGAGAGCUUGGGAAGCAACCUCCUCCUGUCCUGAAGACCUAAUGUAGUUAGGAUUUUAACUUAUUUUCUGUGAAGUUGUAUAAAAAUAAAUAUUUUUGUUUUUUCUCAUA